UCCCAUCCCACCUCCCCCACACUGAACCCUCGCCGGCACUAGCCUGAGUGUGGCGAAUCGAUCGCCGGAGAUUCCAGCUGCGAAAUCGCGCCGUCAUUCGGUGCCGGAUUCGAUUGAGGUAUUCAUCGUCGGUGAAAAGUAUAGGAAAUGUCGGAGGAUGAGAAGCUGCUGAAGGAGGCGAAGAAAUUGCCGUGGGAGGAUCGGCUCGCGCACAAGAAUUGGAAAGUGCGGAACGAUGCGAAUAUCGAUUUGGCGGCCGUUUGCGACGGUAUAACAGAUCCCAAGGACCCGCGCCUUCGUGAAUUCGGUCCGUUUUUCAGGAAGGCGGUGGCUGAUUCCAAUGCACCGGUGCAGGAGAAGGCUCUGGAUGCGCUCAUUGCGUUUUUGAAAGCUGCAGAUGCUGAUGCUGGGAGAUAUGCAAAAGAGGUAUGCGAUGCAAUCGUGACAAAAUGUCUGACUGGAAGACCUAAAACGGUGGAGAAGGCACAGAUAUCAUUUAUGCUUUGGGUGGAGUUGGAGGCUGUCGAAGCUUUCCUGGAUGCUAUGGAGAAAGGCAUUAAAAAUAAAGUGGCCAAAGCUGUUGUACCUGCGAUUGAUGUCAUGUUUCAGGCAUUAAGUGAAUUUGGGUCAAAGAUAAUACCGCCAAAAAGAAUAUUGAAGAUGCUUCCUGAACUUUUUGAUCAUCAAGAUCAGAAUGUUCGUGCUUCUUCGAAAGGGCUGACACUAGAGCUUUGCCGUUGGAUAGGAAAAGAUCCUGUCAAGUCAAUAUUGUUUGAAAAGAUGCGAGAUACAAUGAAAAAAGAGUUGGAGGCUGAGCUUGGUAAUGUCACUGGAAAUGCAAAACCAACCCGCAAAAUCAGGUCUGAGCAGGACAAGGAGCCCGAACCAGAAGCUGUUUCUGAGGCUGUGGGUUCUGUACCCACUGAAGAGAGUGUAGCCGAUGCUCCUCAAGAGAUAGAUGAGUAUGACCUGGUGGAUCCAGUUGAUAUAUUGACGCCUUUGGAGAAGUCUGGAUUUUGGGAAGGGGUGAAAGCUUCAAAAUGGUCUGAGAGGAAAGAGGCCGUUGCUGAACUAACCAAACUUGCAUCCACCAAAAAGAUUGCUCCUGGAGAUUUUUCAGAAGUAUGUCGAACAUUAAAGAAGCUUAUCACAGAUGUAAACAUUGCUGUUGCAGUUGAAGCAAUUCAAGCACUGGGAAACCUUGCUAGGGGUCUGAGAACCCAUUUUUCGGCCAGUUGUCGCUUCUUAUUGCCUGUACUACUGGAGAAAUUGAAAGAGAAGAAGCCUACUUCAACCGAGGCCCUUACCCAAACUCUUCAGGCAAUGCACAAGUCCGGAUGCUUGAGUCUGACUGACACUGUUGAAGAUGUGAAGGUAGCAGUGAAAAACAAAGUUCCUCUUGUAAGGUCGUUGACGUUGAGCUGGGUUACAUUCUGUAUUGAAACCAGUAACAAAGCGGUCAUACUUAAAGUUCACAAGGAAUAUGUUCCCAUAUGCAUGGAGUCCCUUAAUGAUGGAACACCUGAUGUGAGGGAUGCAGCUUUCUCAGCUUUGGCAGCUAUUGCCAAGAUGGUUGGUAUGAGACCUUUGGAGAAGUCUCUAGAAAAGCUGGAUGACGUCAGACAAAAGAAGUUAUCUGAAAUGAUUGGGGGGUCGACAGGGGAUCCUUCUACUCUUCCAAACUCAGGUGUGGCUCAAUCUUCUGGUGGAGUUGUGACCACAGGGGCCUCUGAUUCAUCAUUUGUUAAAAGAUCAGCAGCUAGCAUGCUUAGUGGAAAGAAGCCUAUUGCCGCAGCUCCAGCUGCCACUAAGAAAGCGGCAUCUGGAAAAUCUAGUACCAACAAAAAGAGUGAUGGAGGACAAACAACAAAAGUUUCUAAGCCUGUGGAGCAUGAAGAUGUUGAGCCGACAGAAAUGAGUUUGGAAGAGAUUGAGAGCAGAUUAGGAUCUCUUAUUCAAGCAGAGACAAUUACUCAACUAAAAAGUGCCGUGUGGAAAGAGCGGCUUGAAGCUAUUGUGUCUUUUAAGGAGCAGGUUGAAUCACAAACAGAUUUGGAUCCAUCUGUUGAAAUGUUGAUCCGUUUACUUUGUGUUAUUCCUGGCUGGAAUGAGAAAAAUGUGCAGGUCCAGCAACAAGUUAUAGAUAUUGUCACUCACAUUGCUGCGACAGCAUCAAAGUUUCCUAAAAAGUGUGUUGUGCUUUGCCUUUCAGGUAUUACUGAAAGAGUAGCUGACAUAAAGACUCGUGCUCAAGCCAUGAAGUGUCUUUCCACUUUUUGUGAAGCUGUGGGUCCUGGUUUUAUUUUUGAGAGGAUGUAUAAAAUUAUGAAGGAGCACAAGAAUCCAAAGGUUCUUAGUGAAGGCCUGUUGUGGAUGGUUUCCGCAGUGGAUGACUUUGGUACUUCUCAUAUUAAGUUGAAGGAUUUAAUUGACUUCUGCAAGGAUGUUGGAUUACAAUCUAGUGCAGCUGCAACUAGAAAUGCUACAGUUAAACUGAUCGGUGUCCUUCAUAAGUUUGUUGGUCCAGAUAUAAAGGGAUUUCUGUCUGAUGUGAAACCUGCUCUACUAAGUACUCUUGAUGCCGAGUAUGAAAAAAACCCGCAUGAGGCAUCUGCAGUUCCAAAGAAGGUUGUUAAAGUAACUGAUUCUACAUCAUCUGCGGUGACUGGUGGCAUGGAUGGUCUUCCACGUGAAGAUAUCAGUGAAAAGAUCACCCCCACUUUGUUAAAAGGCUUAGAGAGUUCUGAUUGGAAGAUCCGCUUGGAAUCUAUUGAAAGCAUAACCAAAAUUCUGGAAGAGGCGAACAAACGUAUUCUGCCUGCUGGAACUGGAGAUUUAUUUGGAGCUCUAAAAGGGCGUCUACAUGACAGUAACAAAAAUUUGAUUAUUGCCACUUUGUCCACUAUUGGUGCUCUUGCGACUGCGAUGGGACAGCCAGUUGAGAAGUCAAGCAAGGGCAUUCUUUCAGAUGUCUUGAAGUGUCUUGGCGACAACAAAAAGCUUAUGCGUGAGUGUACAUUGAGUACCUUAGAUGCUUGGCUUGGUGCUGCUCAUCUUGAUAAGAUGCUUCCAUAUGUUACAGCUGUUCUCACAGACGCUAAAGUAGGCGCAGAAGGGCGCAAGGAUCUUUUUGAUUGGCUAUCAAGACAACUUACUGGAUUGGCUGAAUUUCCCGAUGCAAUACAGCUGCUCAAACCCACUGCGUCUGCUAUGACGGAUAAAUCAGCAGAUGUUCGUAAAGCUGCUGAAGCAUGCUUUAAUGAAAUAUUGAGGGUUUGUGGUCAAGAAACGGUUUCCAAAAAUUUGAGAGACAUACAAGGUUCUGCUUUAGCUAUAAUUAGCGAGCGACUGAAGCCAUAUGGAGCUUUUCAAGAUAAUUAUGACUCUGGUAGAUCUGUUUCAUCAAGCAUGACAUCCAAAAGCAGCCUAAAGACAGCAAAGCCAAAUGGUCAUGGCGACCGUGCAUCUCGGCAUGGCAGCAGAAAUGCACCUUCAAGAGCUGUUCCUAGCAAGGGAUCCAGGCAAGAAUCCAUCUUGUCUGUUCAAGACAUCAACAUUCAGUCACAAGCUCUGAUUAGUCUGAAGGAUUCAAACAAGGAUGAGAGAGAGAGAAUUAUUGUUCGCAGAUUCAAAUUCGAAGAAUUACGUAUUGAGCAAAUUCAAGAUCUUGAGAAUGAUGUCAUGAAAUACUUCCGAGAGGAUCUGCAUCGGAGGCUCUUAAGUGCUGACUUCAAAAAGCAAGUUGAUGGCAUCGAGAUGUUGCAAAAGGCUCUUCCAUCCAUGGGAAGAGAGGUGAUUGAAGUAUUAGAUAUCCUCUUGAAGUGGUUUGUGUUGAGGUUUUGUGAAUCCAAUACAUCAUGCUUACUAAAGGUACUUGAAUUUCUUCCGGAGCUUCUGGAUCUGUUGAGAAAUGAGGGCUACACUAUGACCGAAGCAGAGGCAACCAUCUUUCUCCCUUGCUUGGUUGAGAAGUCUGGGCAUAACAUUGAAAAAGUUCGAGAAAAAAUGCGGGAACUGAUGAAGCAAGUCAUCCAAACAUAUUCUGCUGCAAAGACUUUUCCUUAUAUUUUAGAGGGUUUGCGUUCUAGGAACAACAGAACAAGGAUCGAGUCUGCUGACCAUGUUGGAUUCUUAUUAGAUAACUAUGGAGCUGAGAUAAGUAGCCAGUUAAAAUCCUUGCAAAUUGUCGCAAGUUUAACUGCUGAACGAGAUGGUGAUACCCGCAAAGCUGCAUUAAAUACUUUGGCUAUAGGCUAUAAGAUUCUUGGUGAUGAUAUUUGGAGAUAUGUUGGAAAGCUUACUGAGGCACAAAGAAGUAUGUUGGAUGAUAGAUUUAAAUGGAAGGCACGAGAGAUGGAGAAGAGGAAGGAAGGCAGGCCAGGAGAAGCUAGAGCUGCCCUAAGACGCUCAGUGCGAGAAAAUGUGUCUGAUCCAGCUGAGCAAAGUGGGGACUUAUCAAGAUCCAUGGGCAUCCCAACUUUCAAUCGGGAGAACUAUGGCCUUCCUGAAAUCCACACAGAUAGACUGCCAAUGCCGCGGGCUUAUUCUGGUGUUGGCAUCACAGACUGGAAUGAAGCUUUGGAAAUCAUAGAAUAUGGUUCUCCUGAACAGGCUGUUGAAGGGAUGAAAGUUGUGUGCCAUGAAUUGGCACAAGCAACUGCUGACCCCGAGGGGAGCACAAUGGAUGAUAUAGUUAAAGAUGCUGAUAGACUUGUUUCAUGCCUGGCGAAUAAGGUUGCGAAGACUUUUGACUUCAGCCUCACUGGUGCCUCUUCAAGAUCUUGUAAAUAUGUCCUGAAUACUCUGAUGCAGACUUUUCAGAACAAGAGGCUUGCUUAUGCAGUUAAGGAGAGUACUCUUGAUAGUCUCAUCACGGAACUUUUGCUAUGGCUUUUGGAUGAUAGGGUUCCACAGAUGGAUGAUGGAAGUCAACUUUUGAGAGCUUUGAAUGUUCUGAUGUUAAAGAUUCUGGAUAACGCAGAGCGUACUUCAUCAUUUGCUGUGCUUAUAAAUCUUUUAAGACCUCUGGAUCCAUCAAGAUGGCCAUCUCCAGCAUCGAAUGAGUCUCUUGCAAUCAGAAACCAGAAGUUCUCCGAUUUGGUUGUUAAAUGUUUGAUAAAGCUUACAAAGGUUUUGCAAAAUACCAUAUAUGAUGUAGAUCUUGAUCGUAUCCUACAGAGUAUCCAUGUAUAUCUGCAAGAACUAGGAAUGGAUGAAAUACGUAAGAGAGCUGGAGCUGAUGACAAACCACUUCGAAUGGUUAAAACUGUUCUCCACGAGCUUGUUAAACUGCGUGGCACAGCCAUCAAAGGUCAUCUUUCCAUGGUGCCAAUUGACAUGCAACCCCAACCUAUCAUUCUUGCCUACAUUGAUCUAAAUCUACAGACACUCGCAGCUGCUAGAAUGCUGACGCCAUCUGGGUCUGUUGGGCAAACUCACUGGAGUGACUCAACUGCCAACAAUGCUGCACCGGCUACACACUCUGCAGAUGCUCAGCUGAAGCAAGAACUUGCUGCAAUAUUUAAGAAAAUUGGCGACAAGCAGACUUGCUCCAUUGGUCUGUACGAGCUUUAUCGCAUAACACAAUUGUAUCCUCAGGUUGAUAUUUUCGCUCAGUUGCAAAAUGCUAGUGAGGCAUUUCGAACAUACAUUAGAGAUGGUUUGGCUCAGAUGGAGAAGAAUGCAGCUGAAGGAAGGACUCCUUCAAGCGUACCUCUGUCCACUCCUCCACCAGCAACGCUCAAUCUUUCUCCAAGAUAUGGCGCUGUGCCUCCUGUGAAUGCAGACCCGUUAAAUAACUCGAGAAACAUGAAUGCAAGUGGUGAACCCCCAAAUUUUUCACUACCGCCAUCUUUUGCUGAAGACGAUCAUCGGCUUGUCAAUGCCCAGAAAGCAUCAUACGAUCCAUCUGGGUUGCAACAGAACUUUGACGAGCCCAGAAACGACAGAAUGCCAAUUGGUGUAUCAAAUGGAACCCUAGACGCGAUCAGGGAAAGGAUGAAGAGCAUCCAGUUAGCAGCUGGCGGAGUGAAUCCAGAAUCAAGAAGCCGGCCUUUGGUGCAAGUAAACGGGAACGUUAGUGAAGGGCAUGGUACUAUGCAGGGCGGGAUACUACCUAUGGACGAGAAAGCGCUAUCCGGGCUUCAGGCCCGGAUGGAAAGGUUAAAGAGCGGCUCAUUCGAUUCUAUGUAGGUAGAGAGAGUAUUCUUUCGUUAUUGCGGUGAAGUAUCCCUCGGGAUGGGAUAUGCUCAUUUUGUAAAUGGAGAGUGUGUAAGUAACUACUAUACUACAUUUUCCUAGUAUUAUUAUUAUUACUACUAUUAUAAUUGUGCACAUUUUGAGGCUGCAGUAGCUCAGCGCAACCUCAUGUAAUUUUUGUUUCUAAUUCAAGAAAUCGAGAGAACAUAACCCUAGUGUUGCAACUCGUGCUAGUCCUAUGAAACUGAUGAUUUUAAGUGAAGUGAUGUUUCUUAUUUUUCUUCUA